AGGAUAGUGGUUAAAGCUCGAGCUGGAUGGAUGGGUAUGGGGAGAGGGGCAGGAUCCACAGCCCUGGGACUUUUCCAAAUCCUCCCUGUCUUUCUCUGCAUCUUCCCUUCAGUGACAUCUCCAUGCAAGAUCCUCAAGUGCAACUCUGAGUUCUGGGCAGCCACGUCGGGCUCCCACCACCUGGGCACGGAGGAGGCGCCCGAAUUUUGCACGGCGCUGCGCGCCUACGCGCACUGCACCCGCCGCACCGCCCGCACCUGCAGGGGCGACCUGGCCUACCACUCCGCCGUGCAUGGCAUAGACGAUCUCAUGGUGCAACACAACUGCUCCAAGGAUGGCCCCACCUCCCAGCCCCGCCUCCGGACUUUGCCCCCCGGGGAUAGCCAGGAGCGCUCCGACAGCCCCGAAAUCUGCCACUAUGAGAAGAGCUUUCACAAACACUCGGCUGCCCCCAACUAUACCCACUGCGGGCUCUUCGGGGACCCCCACCUCAGGACUUUCACAGACACUUUCCAAACCUGCAAGGUGCAAGGGGCUUGGCCGCUCAUAGACAAUAACUACCUGAACGUCCAGGUCACCAACACACCGGUGCUGCCUGGCUCCACCGCCACUGCCACCAGCAAGCUCACCAUCAUCUUCAAGAGCUUCCAGGAGUGUGUGGAUCAGAAAGUGUACCAGGCAGAGAUGGAUGAGCUGCCCGCUGCCUUUGCAGAUGGCUCCAAGAAUGGUGGGGACAAGCAUGGAGCCAACAGUCUGAAGAUCACUGAGAAGGUGUCGGGCCAACACAUUGAGAUCCAGGCAAAAUACAUUGGCACCACCAUUGUGGUGAGGCAGGUGGGCCGGUACCUCACCUUCGCCGUGCGCAUGCCGGAGGAGGUGGUCAACGCCGUGGAGGACCGGGACAGUCAGGGCCUCUACCUGUGCCUCCGUGGUUGUCCACUCAACCAACAGAUUGACUUCCAGACCAUCCGCUCGGCUCAGGCCACAGAGGGUCGUGCUCGUAGGAAGGGGCCCAGCCUGCCGGCCCCCCCUGAGGCCUUCACAUACGAAACAGCCACGGCCAAGUGCAGGGAAAAGCUGCCCGUGGAGGACCUCUACUUUCAGUCCUGCGUCUUCGACCUCCUCACCACUGGGGACGUCAACUUCAUGCUGGCUGCUUACUAUGCCUUUGAGGACGUGAAGAUGCUUCACUCCAACAAAGACAAGCUACACCUCUAUGAAAGGACACGGGACCUGGCCCCAGGCAACAUGGCUCCCUUGGGGACCCCCCCUGCCCUCUGGGUAGCACUGCUGUGUUUGAGUCAGUGUUGGUUGUGCUUGUUAUAG